AUGUCUUUCCGAGGAGGCGGAGGAGGACGAGGCGGAGGUUUUAACCGGGGUGGAGGAGGCAGAGGAGGAUUCGGUGGAGGUAGAGGUGGAGGAGGAAGAGGAGGUGGAGGAUUCGGCCGAGGUGGAGGACGAGGAGGUUUCAACAGACAGCAAGACUACGGUCCUCCAGAAUAUGUCGUGGCGCUGGGGGAGUUCAUGCACCCGUGUGAAGAUGACAUUGUGUGUAAGUGCACGACAGAGGAAAACAAAGUUCCCUACUUCAACGCGCCUGUGUACUUGGAAAACAAGGAGCAGAUCGGGAAGGUGGACGAGAUUUUCGGUCAACUCCGGGACUUUUAUUUCUCAGUCAAGCUUUCAGAAAAUAUGAAGGCGUCUUCUUUUAAGAAGUUACAGAAGUUUUAUAUCGAUCCGAUGAAGCUCCUCCCGCUGCAGAGAUUCCUUCCUCGGCCACCGGGAGAGAAAGGCCCACCGAGAGGAGGCAGGGGAGGUAGAGGAGGAGGAAGAGGUGGAGGCCGUGGAGGAGGGUUUCGAGGCGGCCGUGGAGGAGGAGGGCGAGGUGGGGGCUUUGGAGGAGGCCGUGGUGGAGGAUUUGGAGGCGGACGCGGUGGAGGCGGAGGCUUCAGGGGACGAGGGGGUGGAGGAGGACGAGGAUUUAGAGGUGGGAGAUGAUCUGUGUUCGUCAGCCAUAAACAGCUUGUGUUUGUCUUCACUCGCCCCAGAAAAAAGGCUCUGCUCGACAGUGACGGAGCCAUCUGGACAUUCCCUGAGUGGAACUGAGAGAAUCUUCUGUUUUUGUACUGUUUUGGAUGACCUCUGGAUCUUGAAGAUUUUUAUUUAAAAGGUCUAUAUGUAUGCUUGUGUGGAACAUUGGCGGGAGGGGAGGGGGGCCUUUACAACCUUUUAUUAUGGAAUUUUGAUUCAAAUCAUAAGGCACACUUUUCAGGUCGUUUAGAAAUGUUUGCGUUAUUGCAAAUUCUAACUUCUAUACAGACGAGAAGAGAAGAACAAGAACAUUUUAAAAACAAACUUGUGAAAAUACUCUGUUAAUGAAUGCCUUGAAUAAAAGGUGCCUUGUUAAAUCUGUUUUGUUGGAUUUCAUUUCAGAUUAAUCUCAUACGUUUAAUUUCAUCAUUGUAUCAGAUAUCAAGGUUCUUUGGAGGUGAUAUGUGGCGUUUGUUGUAAGACGGCAUGUUUCAUUUUUUAACAGCAUCUUUAAUUGAACUCAUUUUCAGACAAUGCAUCACACACGCUACUCAUGACUCAUUGAUUGCAGUGAUGGUCCGUCUGCCUCUGUAAGACAGUGUCGGUCAGGACCCGGACUCUUCAGGUGUGCCAUGUACUCCAGAUGUACUGUGGAGAGCCGCUGUGCCAGGACACAAGCCAGUGUCAUGCC